CACCGAUGCUUCCACCUUUGAUGCAUAUGCAAGUACAGUCUCACUUCUUUGCUGCUGGUAGAUGGGCAUCACCAGGUGCCGCUGUUCGAUGUCUAGCCAACGCUGAUCCAGAACAUUGAGUAGGUAAGUCGGUACAAAGAUCACCAAACGUCGCCUUUCGGUAAAACGAAAAGACCACAUACUAAGUUCUAGAUCGUGAAUUUUUGUUCGACCACAAGUGGCCUUCCUCUGUCCCAAGACGCAUGCGCAAUUAAGUAGUUUCACCCCUUUGUGUCUUCAUGAUUGAGCAGGAGCAGCGAUCCCGAAGAUAAGAUGAAAAUCAGUUAUGCAGAAAGGAUCAUCUAAACGAGUACAGGUUUGUGUAUGAUGAAAUCAUAACCCGGACUACGACCCGCUCACCUCUCGAAUUCUGUUGUUUUGCAGUGCUGCUGUUGGCAGAAGUUCUUCACGAUGCCGUUCAUCAGCCUUCGAAGUUGCCUUUUCCCCCAGCACCUACUUCUUGGGGCCCUAGUACAGCUCAACAGUCUCUUCGCGGCCGGCGAGCGACCGGAUUUCCGGUGCACCGCCGACUGCCGCGUCGAGAAGGACACCAUGGGGGAAAUCCAAGUGCCGGCCGCCGCGUUGUGGGGGGCGCAGACGCAGCGCAGCUUGGAAAAUUUCGUUAUCGGGGACGACGAAAUGCCCACCGAAUUGAUCCGGGCGUUCGGGGUACAGAAGAAGGCGUGCGCGCUGGCGAAUCGCAAAGCGUUGGGCGACAAAAUUUCUGACGCGAUCCAGCAGGCGGCGGACCAGGUUUUGGCCGGCAAGUACGCGGACCAGUUUCCGCUUGUCGUGUACCAGACCGGGAGUGGCACGCAGACCAAUAUGAACGUGAACGAGGUGUUGGCCAACCUCGCAAACGAAUACCUCGGGGAGACCGAUCGCAGCAAGAAGGCGCCAGUGCACCCGAACGACCACGUGAACCGCGGGCAGUCGACCAACGACGCGUUCCCGACCGCGAUGCACAUCGCCGCGGUUCUGUCCGUCCAGCGCAAGUUGCUCCCCGCCCUGGAGAAAUUGCACAUGGCGCUGAACAAAAAAGCGAAGGAGUUCGCCGACGUGGUGAAGAUUGGGCGCACCCACAUGCAGGACGCGACGCCGCUGACCCUGGGCCAGGAGUUCGGCGCCUGGGCGGAGCAGGUGAAGCUGUCCAAGAACCGGCUGCAAGCCGCGCUCCCGCGGCUCUACGCGCUGCCCCAGGGCGGCACCGCGGUCGGAACGGGGCUGAAUCAGGUCGAGGGCUUCGACAAGAAAUUUGCGGAGUACGUCGGCAGCAUCGUCGAAAUUCCCGGGUUCCGGACGAACGAGAACAAGUUCGAAGGCAUCGCGGCGCACGACGCUUUAUGGAUUGUAAAAAUGUCUGGGUCUGGAAGAAUGCAAGAUUUGUCAUGCUUGUCUGGCAUGACUCUUAAAUCUGUCAUGCACAUGGCCCAAGAGACGUUUUUUUCUGUCAUGCGGAGACGCAGCUUGUCAUGCAGAAUAGGCAACACCUACAAGCUCAGAAAUUUGUCAUGCUGAGCCAGCACUUGUGGCCUCCUCAUGCUACGCCACUCAGCAUCACAAGUUUCCAGACCCAGACAUUUUUACAUUUGAUACGCGUUCGUGGAGCUCGCCGGUGUGCAGAAUACCAUCGCGGGCACCUUCAUGAAGCUGGCCAACGAUCUGCGGCUGCUGUCCUCGGGCCCGACGGGGGGCUUGGCGGAACUUUGGUUGCCCGCCAACGAACCGGGGUCCUCCAUCAUGCCGGGGAAAGUCAACCCGACGCAGGCCGAGGCCAUGAGCAUGGUGGCAGCCCAGGUAAUGGGCAACGCGGUGGCGGUCAGCGUCGCGAACUCCCACGGCCACCUGGAUCUGCAGGCGUUUAAACCUGUCAUCAUUUUCAACAUUUUGAAAUCGAACAACCUACUCGCGGACGUCGCCGUGUCUUUCGCAGACAAGUGCGUGUCUGGCAUUCAGCCCAACUUGCCCAAAAUUCAGGAACACCUGGACAAAAACCUCAUGCUGGUCACGGCCCUGAACCCAACGAUAGGUACAUAGUAGUAGUACUUUUUGUUCUGACAAUGAAUCGAGCGACCGGUAAGGUUAGUCGAGGCAAGUGACAAAUCAUGAUCAUCUUCGUUCUUCAAGAUCCAAUGCUACACACGAUCCAAGCGAAAAUUUGUAAACGGAUCAUGGAGGUAGAGGAGCUAUGUAUGGAACGAACGACCAUGAAAAAUGAUGACAAUUACCUAAACCUAAUUCUCCACGGAGCCGCUCAUGCGGCUUUGAUGAGACCUUUAAUAAAUCGUAUUCGUACUGUCUGAAAAAUGUGAAGACGUCAUUAGAUCACAAGAAUGAAAAACCUGAUGAGAAACUUCAACCAUAGAAUCACUCCACGCCGAGGCGAAAUGCUUUGCUGGUGACGAUUCCUGCGAAACACAUGCACUACCAUCUGACAAAGAGCAAGUAAACGAUCAACUUCGUAAAAGAUUAGAGAAUGAUCGCGCCAAAAGGCUUCGAUGAAACAAAUUUCAAUCAUGAUCCUACAGGUUACGAAAAGGCCGCAGAUGUAGCGAAGACUGCUUUGAAGGAGGGGAAAACGUUGAAGCAGGUCGCUGUGUUUGAAAAGAAAUACUUGACUGCAGCGCAAUUUGACGCCGCCGUCGUACCUGCAAAGAUGGUUCGGCCCGCACCUGCCAGCGGCGCAAAAUCCGAAUUAUGAUGAAAAAAUGUUGACGGUAAGGCAUACCUGGUUGGCAAGGAGCCACUGACGUUGUAUUCGUUUCACUUACUUAAAUAAACAGUACCUAACGCUAACACUAGAAUUCUCUUUGGAUGACGCAGGACGAAAGAGUCAGUGCCAUUUCAGUCUCACAACUAACCCCUUUGCUCUUUGCGCUAAAAGUAAAGGCGGAUGAAUUCAGGGAAACGGAAACGAAAU